ACGUCUAAAAGAGAGUUGCUUGAUAUUUUUGUUCAAUGAAUAAUUAAUUUUGAAAGAAAUGUUAAUUGACAUCUCAGUAUAAUGUAACUGACGCAUAAAAUACAAAUUCUCUUCCCGUGAAAGUUGAAUUCGUGAAUCUAUUAUGAAAGUUUGAAAAUCUGUUAUCCACUCCUUUGUCUGCAAUAUUCGAAACUCAUUAGCUAAAUAGACAAAUUGCGUGAGUACGGAUGUCUCUGUAGAUCAUGAAAUAAAAAUCCAUUGAAAAUAAUGUGCAUUGUCCUUUUUAAAAACGGGCAUUUGCUGAAUGAAUAUCGAAUUACCGUUUGUCGUUAAAUAGGGCAAAAUCAAUUAUGAAUUUUGAACCAAAUAAUUUGAAUGUUUAUUUGAAAAAAUAUUGUGAAGUUUCAAGUGUACAAGGUCUACGCCAAAUUGUUGUUUCUUCUAAUCGAAUUGAAAAAAUAUGGUGGAUGACAGUCUUUUUCCUAUGUUUGACAGGAUGCACUUUCAUGAUAUACAAAGUGUUUCACAAAUGGAGUACCACACCAGUAUUGGUUUCCCUAAGUACACAAGAAAUUCCUAUAUACGAAAUACCUUUUCCUGCAGUGACUAUAUGUCCUGAAACGAAGAUAUCACAUAGAUGUCUGGAUUACACCAAGGUGCUCUUAGCUAAGAAUAAGGGCAAUUUGAGUUCCAUUUCAGCAAUGGAGAGUAGGAAUUUUGAUUUCAUGAUGCCACUAUGUAAAUCAGAUAAUCACGACAGUAAACUAAGACAAGAAGAGGAGAUUUCGAUGAAAUCGCGUGGAUCUUUUCAAGCCAGUGAAAAUUUGGACGAUUACUCCAGCUUUCUCAGUGAGUGUAGAGCUGUUGACUUGAGCACAAAUGCUUAUUGCCAGUGGAUGGGUAAUGAUGCAGAAUGUGAAAAAAUCUUAACCCCUAUACUAACAGACGAAGGUCUGUGCUACAGUUUCAAGAUGUUCGAUGUGAGGGAUAUCUACAGCGAUGUUAAUGAGAUGAUAUAUUACAGAGAGGGAGUCAGGAACCCGGAUUGGAGUCCUGAUAAAGGUUUCAGGAAAGACAAAGUUAAGAAUACUUUUCCCCGUAGAGUAUUUCUGAAUGGAGUGAAAAAUGCUUUAGUAGUAGUAUUUUACACUAAGAAGUCUGAGGUUUAUUAUUCUUGCAGAGAUUUUUCACUUCAAGGUAUUAGGGUAUCCUUACACAGUCCAUCGAGAAUACCUCGUCCAAGCCAAGUAUUUUUUUCGGUUGGUUUAGAUCGGCUUACCACAGUAGCAGUCAAUCCAAGUUUUAUACGUACAACACGAACUAUAAAAGGAUACGACCCACACAGGAGGUUCUGUUUUUUUGAAAAUGAAAGAAAGCUCAAAUACUUCAAGUCCUACUCUCAAAGCCUUUGCAACUUGGAAUGCUGGACAAAUUACACAAUCAACUUUUGUGGUUGCACCCAUUUUUAUAUGCCGAGAGAUAACGAAACUAGGAUAUGUGAUAUGUCUCAACAGAUAUGUUUGGAGCAGGCAAAAGUUUCAUAUCCAACAAACAUAUUGAACGAAAAACUGAAAAACUCAGAUGGAACCUCUUCAAAUGCAGAUUGUGACUGUCUACCUUUAUGUUCAGAUCUUUCUUACAACUCUGAAAUUUCGACAGGGAAUUGGAUAUUCAGUGAUCCCGACGAAGUAGCCCUGGAUAGAGUAAGGGAAUGGUAUUCGGAUUUUCACGCCUCAGCGAUCCGUGUAUAUUUCAAAAAUCAGUAUUUUCUGCCAAUGGAACGGAGUGAACUAUACGGAUUUUCAGAUCUCAUCUCAAAUAUAGGAGGUGUACUUGGACUUUUCAUAGGAUUCUCCCUAUUUUCCGUAGCAGAAAUCUUAUAUUUCAUCCUGAUACGUCCAAUCAGCAAUAUUAGAAAAUAUGGACACUGGUUAGGAGAUGUCAAAUCGGAUAGUACAUUUUCGAAUACUUACGAGUAAAUAAAUUCGUUAUCGUAUUAAAUAAAAUACCUGCAAGAUUAUGUCGAGUCAAAUAAAAUAUUCUUG